AUGCAGCCUGCACGACUGACGUUUCUCUAUCCGCACCUGUUCCGGACGAUACGCCUCGGCGAGACGGCUGCGACAACGGCGACGAGCCGCACGUCGAAAUCAUGUCGGAGACGGGCCACCGCCGAGAUUCGGAGACGGGGAUACGCCGCUUUCGCGCCCACGCCUGGGGCUCAGCAGUCGGGUUUCGCGCCGAGACACGGAAAGGGCAUCGAGCCCGCGACAACGCCCGUGGCCGCGGCGGCGCCGGCGCCUGAUACAAAGGAAGCGAGUCCUGGGCAGGCUGCGGUCGGGGCGUCCAAGGGGGCGAGCGACGAUGGGGUGAACCCGCAGCCGGGCGCGAAGGCGGCGACGACGGCCGCGACGGACAACACGGCCAGCACGACGGCGACAUUGGCGGCCGCGGGUGAAGGACAACAGCCCGAGGAGGCGGAGGCCGCGAAGCAAGAAGCCCGGGACCAGGCCAAGAAGAGCGGCCCCCUGGAGGCGAUCCUGCACAUGGGCCCGCCCGAGGAGGUCGCGAAGCAGCACCCGCACAUGGCGCCGCCGCCGUACGUGCACCAUUUCGACAGCUACUCGCUGGUCAAGGACCUCGAGGGGGGCGGGUACAGCAAGGAGCAAGCGAUUACGCUGAUGAAGGCGAUCCGGGCGAUCCUCGCGCAGAACCUGGACGUUGCGCAGGAGAGUCUCGUGAGCAAGAGCGACGUCGAGAACGAGACGUACCUCUUCCGGGCGGCGUGCUCGGAGCUGAGCACCGAGGUCAAGAAUAACCAGAAGCUGGCGGACGAGGAGAUGAGGCAGAAGAGGACGCUGCUGCAGCACGAGGUGGACAUACUCACGCAGAGCCUCAACCAGGAGCUGCUGACGCUCAACGAUAACGUGCGGGGCAUGUUUAACGAUCGCAAGAUGGCGGUCAGGGAGGAGCAAAAGGCCGGAGACAGCGUCAUCCAACAAAUCAACUACAAGAUCAGCCUGCACCUCAGCAGCGACGCGAAAUCCGAGAUUGAGGGUCUGCGGUGGAUCCUGAUCCGGCGGUCCGUCAUUGGGAUCCUGUUCAUGGCGGUGUUGACGUUGGGGACGCUUCGGUACGGGACGUACGUGAGCCACUCGAAGCAGGCCGAGGCCGAGCGGAUCAAGAAGCAGGCCGAGAUGAUUAAGAUGGCGGACGGGAAGAGGGACCAUAGCUCUGCGCCUGAUGCGGCGGAGAUUCUGGCGGCGAACUGA